AUGGAUGAUACAGAGUUCGAAAUUCAGGGAGAUAUGCAAAUUGCAUUAGAAACAUUCUUGGAUUGCGGUUGGCAUACCACUAUUGUCGACAAAAAUGUGAUAGAUUUUAGAAUUUUCCGUACUAGAGCUAAUUCAAAUAAGCAACUUUUCCUGUUGAGUGAAGUCCUCUGUUGCAUUCACAACCUUAAAUAUGGAAAUCAUUCAAUCUGGCCAGCAUCUUUUCAUUUUUUUCAAGUUGAUGAGUUUCAGCUUAUUUUCAAAGAUCGAAAUGAGGAUAAAUUAUUAAAACAGUUAAUGUAUGCUCUUGGGCAUCAUAUGACCGGAAUAAUUCCUAAUAUAUUAUUCUCAGCUGCUCAGGACGCGAUACGAGCAAUGGAACCUAUAAUGUAUUCUUGUAAACCUCUUGAUCUUCCACUGCUGUGGUCUUCCACGUGUCUUGGAGUAUCUUUUUAUAGGCGAGAAUUUACAAAUGUUAAGGAAUUUUUUGAAAGUCUUAGUAAAAAGAACCCAUCAAGAAUUUACACCCAAAUUUCAAUCAAGCUUGAUAAUGCAUACAAAAUCAGCGCUUAUGCCAACGAUCAUAAAAUGCUCAUAUGCGAGCUUAUUUACAGAAAUAUUAUGGAAAUCAAAUCAAAUAUUUCUAAUGAUCUGCAAGAUGGUGACUCUACUAUAAAAUUUGAACAUUUGAAGCGUGAUAAGCAUUUGAUACUAAGGAAAUUGGAAACAGAACGUGUGCGUAGGAAUUUUAAUUAA